AUGACUGGCCAGUCUCCUACCCCUUCAGUCAAGAUACCCUCCGGCGCGACAAAUUAUACACCAGCAACAAUAGAUCCUGAGCUGAGGUCUACGAUAAAUGGCCUCCUUCUCCAGGAAGGCCAUGUCAGGCGGAUCCAAGAUCGUCUUCUCCACGCCCUCAACGCCAACCAGGCCAACUGGCCCACCAAUAUCCAGAACCAUGCUCUCUCUCUCCUUCGAUCGGGAGAGGUAACAUCGUUUCCGGCCCUGUUAAAUCGUGUUUUAGAAGACGUCCGUCAGGAUACGCAACUUGGCAAGGGUGCGGAGGCUGCAUCGGCCAACGGCGCUGGGGACAGCAAGACAAACGGCGACGCGACCAAGAAGGCGGCGGUUAACGGUGCUGAUCAGAAGAGCAACCUAGCCCUUCCGCAGACCGUCAUAGACGAGGCUCUGCAGGCUACGAGAGAAUGCUUAGAAGAGAUCGCAUAUCUCGAGGGUUAA